AUGAAUGUGUAUUUGACGUCAGUGUUAGCACCCGCCUCCUCACUGACACGGCCUGAUGGAGGUAGAACUCAGUGUUCCAUCGGCGCAGACAGAUCCACAGGUAAACAUUGUCGUUCAUUCAGCUGUGAUGGCUGGAAGGGCUUCUUCAGGAGGAGCAUUCACAACAACCACACUUACAACUGGUUCCCAGCUUUGGUCUCACCUAGGAGUCAUGACAUCAACACAAAGAAGACUGCUGGGGGAUGUGUUCAGUCCAUGAAGCAGCAACUCCUCCUGCUGACUGACUGUCUGGGUUUGGAGAGUCCUAAGAUGGUUCAACAUCUGUGUCUACAGGUCCAUCUACUGCCAGAAGAAGCAACCCGGGGGAGGUUUGAGCUUGUGCUGAUCCUGCCUCCCCUGCAGAGUGUGGCCUGGCAGAUGUUGGAGACACUCCACUCACCACAGCUGCUGUGUGAAGCCAAAAUGGAAAACCUGGUGCGAGGAAAGCUGAUGGGAGAGGGAGGAAGACAGACAUUGACAUUAAGUUCAGUUCGUUAA